AACCAGUCCUCCACCGGCGGCUUUGUCCUCACAAGCCUUUUUAAUGACAGCCCAAUGCACCUGUUCCUCUUCAGCAUGGUUGUGGUAGUCUACACACUUGCCAUGGCUGGCAACACUGCCAUGGUUUUCCUGAUCUGGGCAGAUGCCCGGCUCCACACACCCAUGUAUUUCCUCCUCAGCCAGCUGUCUUUUCUGGACAUCUUCUUCACCUCAGUCACCAUCCCCAAGAUGAUAGCAGGCUUCCUCUUUGGCUGGACUAGCAUCUCAUUUGUGGGCUGUGGGGCACAAAUGUUUUUCUUCAUGUUCUUUGGGGCCACAGAGUGCCUCCUGCUGGCCCUCAUGGCCUAUGACCGUUACCUGGCCAUCUGCAACCCUCUGCGCUACCCAUCACUCAUGAGUCACCAGACCUGUCUGCUCAUGGUGGCUGCCUCCUGGCUGGGAGGGUCUCUCAAUGCCUCCAUCCAGACUGCACUGACCCUGCAGUUCCCCUAUUGUGGCUCGAGGAAGAUUGCACACUUUUUCUGCGAGGUGCCUUCACUGCUGAGGCUGGUUUGUGCUGACACAGCCUCCUAUGAGCACGUUCUUUUUGUGACAGGUGUGGUAGUCCUUCUGCUGCCCAUUGCCUUUAUCACUAUGUCCUAUGCCCUCAUCUUGGCAGCAGUGCUUGGGAUGCACUCUGUGGAGGGGCGUCGGAAGGCCCUAGCCACCUGCUCCUCCCACUUAACAGUUGUCAACCUCUUCUAUGGACCCCUCGUCUAUACCUAUAUGUUACCUGCAUCCUACCACUCUCCUGGCCAGGAUGAUGUAGUGUCCAUCUUCUAUACAGUCCUCACACCCAUGCUGAAUCCUGUCAUCUACAGUCUCAGGAACAAGGAAGUGACAGGAGCAAUGAAGAAUGUCAUAGGGAAGUGUGGGAUGGGUAAGAUUGCUUAA